UAUAUAUUUUUUUAAUUUUGUCACUACUAAGGGAUUAAAAAAUAUUUUUUUAAAAAUUGAGUUGAGUACAGAAAACACAGAAUAGUAAGACCGUAAAGUCUGAUAGCUCAUUCUAACUACCGGUCUUCCCUUCCCUCCAUUUCACUGUUUAAGUUGAAACCAAGAGACUGACAAUUCACCCGAAGAACAGAUCAGUGUCAGCUCCAGCUUAAUCCCUAGCCCUUCAUCUACAUUCCUCCAGAGUGCAUAUGCACUUUUGUGAAUGAAAAAUCCACCCAGACGCUUCCCAAAAUGGCCUCUCAUGAAACAAUACCACUUCAAAGUUCAUCAUCCUUUCUUUCUACCAGCACUAUUAUCGCCCUCUGUGUCUUCUUUGCUCUCCUUUGUGCCUGUAUCGUCAUAGGUCACCUCCUUGAAGAGAACCGCUGGGCCAACGAGUCUAUCACUGCCCUUCUUUUGGGGUUGUGUGCUGGUGCCAUCGUUUUGGUUAUUGAAAAAUGGCAGGAUUCGCGGUUAUUAGUGUUCAGUGAGGAUUUGUUCUUCCUUUAUUUGCUUCCUCCAAUCAUUUUCAAUGCUGGAUUCCAGGUCAAGAAAAAGCAGUUCUUCAAGAAUUUCACUACAAUAUUGUUGUUUGGAAUACUGGGGACAGUAAUUUCAUUUUGCCUAAUAUCACUGGGUGCCUUUCUGCUUUUUAAGAAAAUCGGCCUUACUUCUCUUACUUUGCAACAAUUCCUAGCCAUUGGUGCCAUACUGUCAGCAACUGACUCAGUUUGCACGUUACAGGUUCUGAGUCAAGAAGAGACACCCUUUCUGUACAGCAUAGUGUUUGGGGAGGGAGUAGUGAAUGAUGCUACCUCUAUUGUGCUUUACAAUGCAGUCCAAUCACUGAAUUUCAACAACAUUGAUGCCAAAGUCACCUUAAACUUGCUUGGGAACUUUCUUUAUCUCUUCUUCACCAGUACUGCUCUUGGUAUAGUUGUGGGUCUGUUAAGUGCUUUUGUCAUAAAAACACUUUACUUUGGAAGGCAUUCCACUGAUCGUGAAGUUGCACUUAUGAUGCUUCUGGCUUAUUUAUCGUACCUGCUGGCUGAGCUUUUAAAUCUCAGCGGGAUUUUGACAGUUUUCUUCUGUGGCAUUGUUAUGUCACACUACACGUGGCACAAUGUUACUGAAAGCUCUAGGAUAACAACCAAGCAUGCAUUUGCAACAAUGUCAUUUAUUGCAGAAACUUUUAUCUUUGUGUACGUCGGUAUGGAUGCCUUCGACAUUGAAAAUUGGAAAGAGAGUCAUGCAAGUGCAGGAACUUUGGUGACCAUCAGCGCAACAUUCUUUGCACUGGUGUUAAUCGGAAGGGCAGCAUUUGUGUUCCCUUUAGCAAAUAUUAUAAAUUGUUUCCAAAAGAGACAGGGUAACAAAAUUGAGUUUAAGCAACAGUUUAUCAUGUGGUGGGCAGGACUAAUGAGAGGUGCAGUUACUAUUGCUUUGUCUUAUAACCAGUUUUCAAACACCCAGCAAAUCACUUCCUCUGAUUCUGCACUAAUGAUCACCUGUACAAUUACCGUUGUUCUCUUCAGUACAAUUGUCUGCGGCUCAGUGACAAAACCUCUUAUUGGGGCAGUGCUCUUAAGGAAUAGAAAACCAAUGGUUUCAGAUGCAACUGAUAUUCCAAGUCUGGAAGACCUAAGGCAACUAUUCAUUGAAGAUGGUGACCCAAGCGAGCAGCGAAACAAUCAAAUGACCCAAAAAGCAAGUAGCCUAAGGUUGUUGAUAACUCACCCCACAAUAACUGUUCAUUACUUGUGGAGAAAAUUUGACGACAGAUUCAUGAGGCCAGUGUUUGGCGGACGGGGAUUUGUCCCAUUUGUACCUGGUUCGCCAACAGGAACAGCUGAUGAGACAUCUGCAGCUGUCUGAAGGUCAAUCGCAUACUUGAUAAUUUUUUUCAUUCAUUAAUUUUUUGUGCUACUUAUAGACAACUUGUUUAUAUUGAAAAACCUAGCAAGGAAUAAAUCUUGCAAUAGCAUUGACGGUAAUUAACUAAA